UCUGGUUUCUCAAGCUGAGAUGGAUUUCUUUUGUCCAGUCUGUCAAGACAUCUUUAAAAAUCCUGUUGUGCUGUCGUGCAGCCACAGUUUCUGUAAAGACUGUCUGCAGAGCUGGUGGGAAGUGAACCCGAUUCAGCAGUGUCCAGUUUGUAAAAGAAGAUCUUCUAAAAGUGACCCACCGUGUAACUUGGCAUUAAAGAACCUGUGUGAAGCCUUCCAACAGAAACUUUCUCUGGAAGAGGAAGCUCCUGCAGAGUCUGAGGAUCUCUGCAGUCUGCACUCAGAGAAGUUAAAGCUCUUCUGUCUGGACCAUCAGAAGCCGGUGUGUCUGGUGUGUCGAGAUUCAAUAAUGCACAACAACCACAAAUUCAGACCCAUCGAUGAAGCUGUGCUGGAUUACAAGAGUUGGCUCAGGAACUGCCUGAAGCCCUUAGAAGAGAAAUUGGAGCACUUUGACCAAGUUACAGUUAACUGGGAAAAUACAGCAAGAGAAAUUAAGGUCCAGGCUCAUCACACAGAGAGGCUGAUUAAAGAGCAGUUUGAGAAGCUUCACUAUUUUCUACAAGAGGAAGAGGAGGCCAGGAUCACUGCUCUGAGGGAGGAAGAGGAGCAGAAGAGUCGAAUGAUGAAGCAGAAGAUGGAUGAUCUGAACAGAGAGAUAGCAGAUAUUAGUGACACACUCGGAGCCACAGAGGAGGAGCUGGAAACUGGAAAUGUCUCAUUCCUGCAGAACUACAAGGCUGCAGUGGAAAGAGUCCAGCAGCACCUCCUGCAGGAUGAUCCACAGCUGGGCCCAGGAGCUCUGAUCGACGUGGCCAAACACCUGGGCAACCUGACCUUCAACAUCUGGAGCAAGAUGGAGGAGAUGGUUACAUAUUUUCCUGUGAUCCUGGACCCCAACACUGCAGAACCACACCUUAGUCUGUCAGAAGAUCUGACCACUGUGAUAAAUGGAGUUACAGAGCAAACUCUUCCAAAAAACUCAGAGAGGUUUGAAUACUACACCACAGUGGUGGGAUCUGAGGGCUUUAACUCGGGGACUCACAUCUGGGACGUGGAAGUAUCAAAUAAUGGAAACUGGGCAGUUGGUGUGAUAGCAGAGUCUGUACCAAGGAAGGGAGAAAUACAGAGUGGAUACUGGGAGAUAUGGUCUCAAGAUGGUGAAUACAGAGCAUUUUCUCCAUCUGACACAGAUAAAGCUGUCUCUGUAAAGAAGCCGCUGCAGAGGAUCAGAGUGUCUCUGGACAUCAACGGAGGAGAAAUGUCAUUCUCUGAUCCGGAUACCAAAACAAACCUGCACACCUUCUCACACACUUUCACUGAGAAGCUGUUUCCCUACAUUAGCACUCAGGAUACAGUGCCACUUAGGAUAUCACCAGUGAACAUCAUUGUUAAGUUACGUUAGUUAUGUUAAUGAUGGUAAUGAUGAUGAUCAGGAUUCUGAUGAUGAUGAUGAUGAUGAUGAUGAUGAUGAUGAUGAGUCUAUUUCUUUAACAAAUUAUUUUAUGUCCACUAUUCUAUUCCUAUAA